CUAACCUCUUGCAAGAAGAACAAUUGACGAUGGACGUCCUUCACUUUUGCAUUGGGAGAAGCUGUUUGCUUGAUUUCGGGCAUUUCUAACGCAUGAUGCAUGAACCUGCCAGUCGCCCAGGAUCAGGACCUUUAUGGUCAACCGGAGCUGUCCAAUCGAUGUCACCUCAUGCCUUGCUGAUACUUCAGGUACGCAUCAGAGAGCUUCCCUUCGUGCUCAUAUGCAGAACCAUCUUCGAAUGCCGUCUCAGCGACGGAAAGUAUGCUUCCGGGACUUGCUGUGGUCCCAGAGACCACCGAUUGUACUGUGCGAGAUGCCUCUUGCCGCAGUUCUUCGAUAGUCGCAUUUUCAUUCAUUCGUCUGGUCUCUUCCCUGGCGACUCGGCUUCACGGCGAGCACCCCUGUGAGGUGGUGAAAGAUCGCGUUAAGUUGGGCGCAGCAAAGAACGUGACUCCCGGCGCUUGGUUCAGGAUUUCCUCUUCUCAUUGCGUGCCUCUGAGUAAUCGUCCAUGGGCCCUAAAAUCUCCGACGAGAAGCAAUCGGCUGUCGUGCAUUGUCCAUGCAACAACCCCCAACGAGGCAUUCAGCUGGUGCGAUGCGAAUCCUGCCAAACAUGGUAUCAUUUUGAGUGCAUCAGAAUGGCCAGCUGGAUGGCCGAUGAGCUGGUUGGGUAUGUUUGCGAGCGAUGUCAACUGCCUCACCAGCGGACUACCCUUCUCUGGGAGGAUUUUGAUCAAGCUUAUUUCAACUGUGCCGAUACACCUUCAGCAGCAGGGAAGCCGGAAGGCCAUCGAUACCAUGAAGCAUCGAGGUCCCAUCUCAGUGAUCUAUACUUGUCUUCAAGCGAGAGCGUGGUCUCAGAAGGUUAUGAUUCUCGAUCUGACUCAUGGGACAGCAAAUCCGUAGACUUUGAAAGUGUCCGGAAGGACGGAACACAACAGGACUCUAGUCGUAUCGUGAAUGAACGCCGGCUCCCCUCCACGUCUCCUAGGCCGGGACAGCUAGAAAUUGCCCCGACCGUUAGCAAACCGCGAGUUGCAUCUAGAACCUCCCAACGACCAACAAAAGCGUCAAGAGGGGCAGAAAAGAGGAUAAUUUUAGCG